GUCGAAUCUACUGCGACCAAUGAACGCGCCGCUGUCACAUCUGUUAAGCGCUUCUGACCAAUAGACAGCAGCGCGAGGCGGAUCUCAGGUGCGCGCCUCUGCGUCCUCGCGGCUCUGGCGCGCUGGGGAGCCGCCUGUGGCACAGAGUAGCUGUGGAAACUAUGGCGACCGCGGCGUCCAACCACUACAGCAUCCUCACGUCCAACUCGGAGCCCGGCAGCAUGCAGCAGACGCCGCCGCCGCCGGCCUACAGGGACGCGCACAGCCUUCUGCAGAGCGAGUACACCACACUGCAGAGCAGCGGGAGCACGCUCGGCCACGCGCACCAGUGGCUGACGGCGGCGCUGUCUCACGGGGGAGAGGGGUCGCCAUGGCCCGCCAGCCCGCUGGGCGAGCAGGACAUUAAGCCGGUGGAGGAGCUGCAGCAUUCGCCGAGACAGGCGCAUCUGGUGCAGCAAAGCCAGCAGCAUCACGAGGCGGGCGCUUGGCGCGCGACCACUAUGCCGAGCAUGAGCACCUCCAACGGGCAGAGCUUGAUCUACUCUCAGUCCGGGUACGGCGAACCGGGGAUGCACCACGAGGACCACCACAGCCCGCAUCUGAGCGAGCACGGCCACCCGCAGAGCCUGCACUCGGACGAGGACACGCCGACCUCGGACGACCUGGAGCAGUUCGCCAAGCAGUUCAAGCAGCGCCGGAUCAAGCUGGGGUUUACGCAGGCGGACGUGGGGCUCGCGCUGGGCACCCUUUACGGCAAUGUCUUCUCCCAGACCACCAUCUGCAGGUUCGAGGCGCUCCAGCUGAGCUUCAAAAACAUGUGCAAACUCAAGCCCCUGCUGAACAAAUGGCUGGAGGAGGCGGACUCCACCUCAGGAAGCCCGACCAGCCUGGAUAAGAUUGCUGCGCAGGGGAGGAAGAGGAAAAAGCGGACCUCCAUCGAGGUGAGUGUCAAAGGGGCCCUGGAGAGCCAUUUCCUCAAGUGCCCGAAACCCGGUGCGUCGGAGAUCACUUCGCUGGCGGAUAGCCUGCAGCUGGAGAAGGAGGUUGUGCGGGUCUGGUUUUGCAACCGGCGGCAGAAGGAGAAGCGAAUGACGCCCCAAAACGGACCGAUGGCCGGGAACGAGGAUGUGUACGGGGACGCCUCGCCUCACCACGGCGCGCAGACACCUGUUCCGUGAGAAAGGGGCGGCCUGAACAUAAUCGACUGUCUCUUUGUCCCGGUCACAAGCCCGCUCGGGGCGGACCGACGGUGAUGAAGUGUCUCUGUGUGUGGCACCUCCAAGGGCGCGGAGCGCGCGUGGUUGCGCGAACAAUUUACCGGCACGGGCGCGAGAAAACACGCUCUGAGUCGUUACGCGCAGCGGCUGAACCUAAAGAGGGAACGUAAAUAUUAUUUUAUUUAAGAUUUCUUUUCAAGUCCGGGGAUCUGUGAAAGCAUCAUAUCACUUCCAACCGAAAGCUGUGAAAAAGGCGUCGGGGGCGCGCCAUCUUCCCCUCAUGACCAGAAAAGGUUUAUUACGGAUUGAAAUUAAUCUGCUGCAGUCUACUGUGCAUUCUCUUACACAUACUAAUGGCAAAUGCUUCAUUAUUAUUAUUAUCAUUAUUAUUUCCGUCACGAUCACAAAAUGUUUAAUACUCAUUAAGAUUGUGUCUGCUUUUUAUUGGCCUUUAUGCCAAUAAAUAACCAAAUAAUAAUUAUUAUUAUUAUAAACGAAAUAUAUCUAAAUUAUUUAAAUAAAUAAAAAACCUAACAUGCACAAUUAACAACAAAAGCAACAAUAAUAAUAUUUAUUAUUAUACUUAACAUUAUGUGGCUAUAUGUUAACUUAUCUGAAAGUAUCACUGUUAAAUGCAAACGUGAUCAGUUCUUUAAAAGUCUCAUUUCGGUCACAACAAAGGCUGCCAAGUGCCGCUGUGUGUCGUUCACAGGCAAAGCAGGCCGAUUUCAUGCAGAUCACGGAUUCACUCUGCUGGUGCAAAACAGAGGCCUGAGGAAAACAGUAAAACCUAGAAGCGCACAGUGCUUUGGACCAUAUCGAAAUUUCUAUUUCUAUAAAUAAAAUUCAGUGAUACCAGCUCUUCAUAAGUAACCACCCAAUUGGGGUUUCUUAACAUUUUGAGUGAAUUUUUAUAAUGCACCAAAAUUUGCACCAUGAUUUGAGACGGUGGCUUAUUUAGAUUUUAAUCAAUUUUUGUUUAUUUGGAAAUCUAAAAAACCCCAAAACGGAAUCGUACAAUUUAUGAUAUUUUAUAUGAAAGAUAAAAACAAUCCAAGCUUUUAAUUUAAUUUAAUUUAAUUAUUUUGUCUGGAAACGCUUUAUAUGGAAAUGACAAGAUUUAAAAACAAUAUUGACGACAAUAAUAAUAAUAAUAAUAAUAAUAAUAAUAUAGAGGCUAGUUGUUCUUGCUCAUAAUUAACACAGAUCAAGAUUUUAAAACAACAACGACAAUAUAAUAAUAAUGAUAAUAAUAAGAGGCCAGUUUUCGUUGCCCAUUAUUAUUAUAGCAUUGUGUGAAUUUGUGCGUCAACUAAAUGUAUAUGCCUCGUUAUGUUUGUAUCUGUUUGCUCUAUUGUGUUUCUUGUUUAUCCCAAAUAUGUAUCUUUUUUUUUAAGAGAAAUAUUACACCAGCUGUGUCACAAUGAUUUGAUGGCCUGCAUCGAGAAACAAGGACAUUGUGCGUGGAUUUUUCAUUUGAAUUUUCUAUGGCUCUGUGAAUACUUGUAUAUUUGUGCACUUAACCUGACACUGCCAAAGCACAAGCUGUCAGUGUGCCCUGUUGAGACCAGUAAUGUCUUUGGUUUUGACAGAAAAAUUGCACAGUUUUUAAACGCCUUUUGUCAUUAAAUGAAUACGUUUUUAUAAGAAGAAGUGCCUCUCAUCAAUCUGUGCCCCGCGCAUGAAGAUCCUCAAGAUAAACGGAUUCACAAUUCCACACAUUAUUCGAGCAUCAAGGCUGUGUGAAUAUAAUGUUGCUUCAGGAUGAGCUGAUGCUGUAGAUCCAUCGCAGCCCGAUGCAAUUCCUUCGCUUCCAUUUCUGAGUGACCAUGGAGGCAAAUGUUUGCCAUUUCACUGCUAAUGAAGACGGAUCUGACGGGUCCAAACGUGUCCAGAAACAGAUCGGCAACGUAUGUUAAUAUUUUCUGAUGCUAUUCUGGAUCUAAAACUUAUUAUUAUUAUAUAUUUUAAAUACAUUAAUGGAAACAAAAUAUCAGACUACUGCUACAACAUUAGUGAGAUCUUAAUUUUCUAAUUAAUAGCUUUUAUAAGAUAAAAUUGCUUUCCAUUUUUAAACAGGCCGGUCGUUUCUAAUCGGCUAUUACCUGUAAAACAAUAUAAGUUAUUGCUCCGUCAAUGUACAAUUUAAGAUGUCAGUUUUAUUUGCUGUGUAUUGAUAAUGAAUAGUGAAUCUUAGGGCCUUGGAAAACGGCGUAAAGCCGCAUUUGUGUGUGUGUGUGUGUGUGUGUGUGUGUGUGUGUGUGUGUGUGUGCAGUGAGCGCCAUCUACUGACGAUAAUGUGUUGGAGAAAAGCAAUUCUUAAUGAAAUUUAGAUAUUACAGUCGUCUAUAUGUUUGCAUGUUCUGUUUAGUCAAACAUACUGGCAUAAAGUAUCCUAAUGUAAUAUGAGCUCGGGGGUGUGUUUUAUAAAAACACUUUCUAGUAGUUUCUAGUUUCUAGUCACUCACCGAGUUAGUUCAGAUGGUACCUGUAGAGGUUUGUAUAGGUUUGGUAAAGUGCAAGUCAAAAGUCUCAAGUCAUUGUAUGUUGGUUGUGAUUCAUAUUCAUUUGUGUUUGAGAGAAAGUUUUUACCUUUGGAAAGUUGUUCUGUUGGAGCAGGUGGCACCUAAAUACAUUGGAUCAAUAUUUAACAAUCUUAGGAUUUAAAAAAAAUCUGGCAUGCAAACAGGCAAUUGCAGUUUGCAAUUGAUUCAUAUUAACUGAAUGAAUGAAUUAUUAAACUAAAACUAUUCAACAUAAAACACAAUAAAAAAAAAGGCUUUGUGACAGUAUAUACACGCUAUACUGAUAUGAUUUAAGUAAUUGUUCUCUAGGCUUCAGAAAUGAGGGAGUUUAAAAAUCCUUCUAAAUUAUAUGUAGGCUUAUUAGGAAUAAAUAUUAAGAAUUAAAGAAUGAACUGCAAUCAGAAACCACACAUAGAGCAAGGAACAGUUCAUUUAAUACAGCUAUAUUUCAUGAAACGUGGUUUAAUCUUUAAUACAAUUAUCAGACAAUUUGGGUUCCUUAUGUUACAGUGACCAUUUGUUCAUGUCCACAACCCCUGCCUCCCCAAUAUUAUGUAUAGCCUAUAAUAAAUCCAUAAAUCCCCCGGGGUCAUGAUACACACAACAUAGACUCUGUAAUAUGGCUCUAAAAUCAGCACACACACAUGAAAAUAAACAUGAGACUUGGACUCC